AUGGGUCAAACUCAAGAGCCACUCACUGUUACAUUUCCUAUUGAUCAAUCACCAGUAAUUUGUGAAAUAAGUUCAUGUCCAGAUGGUACAUUCGGUUACUGUUUACAUUGUAAACGGUAUUUAUGUAUAAAUCACUUAAAAGAUCAUGAACAAGAAUUAGUUGAAUAUUCAAAUACAGUUGGAGAUAAUAUAAAUCUAAUGCGUGAUAAUGUAGAACAUCUAAAUACCGAGAUUCCACUUCAAAAUUCAAUUAAAACAUUAAAUGAUUGGUAUGAGAAAUCGACAGUGACAUUGGAUACUAUUUACAAUAAAAAUCUUGCUCGUAUAUUCCAAUAUAACGAUGAAUUAAACAAUAAUUUGAGAGCAUUUCAGAAUGUUCAAACACCAAAGUUUGACCAGAUACAUAAUGGUAUUAAAGACAUACAAAAACAUCGAACAACAAAUAUAAAUGAAAUAAAUCGUUUACAGAAGAAUUUAGAUGAGACUAAAAAAGAAUUAGACACUUUAUUUUAUGAUAUUAAAACAGAAUGUACAGCAAUCGAUUCAAUUAAAUUAGUACAAGUGAAAAAAGUAUUUGAAACUCAAGUAAAACUGCCACAGACCAUCAAUACAAGUCUACAUUCAAAUGAUAAAUCUCAAGUCCAAGAUCAAUCCAGUGGAUUUCGAAAGUUUUUUAGCAAUCUUCGUAAAUGA